ACGGUGUUUGUUGGCAAGAACAAGCCCCAGAAAGACCCCCUGAGGCCCCCCCACUGGCAGGGCUUCAGGCUGGAGGAGUAUCUGAUCGGGCAGCCCCUGGGGCAGGGCUGCAGUGCUGCUGUGUAUGCAGCAGCCAUUCCCCCCCCCAGAGCUCCUGGGGGGCCCGUGGGGGGCGAGCAGGGACCAGCCCAGCAGCCAGAUGGUGGCCUGGAGGAAGAGGAGCCCUCAGAGAAACACCCACCCAAGGAGGCUUUCCCCUUGGCUAUCAAGAUGAUGUGGAACAUUUCGGCUGGCUCCUCGAGUGAAGCCAUCCUGGAGGCCAUGGGCAGGGAGCUGGUGCCAGCCACAGGCCUGGCCUUGGCUGGGGAGUAUGGAGCCAGAGCCACCCACAGAAAGCCCAUCCCUGGGAGGAAGAAGCUGCAGCCUCAUCCCAAUAUAAUCCAGGUGAUCCGAGCCUUCACCUCCUCUGUCCCUCUGCUGCCUGGAGCCUUCCUGGACUAUCCUGAUGUCCUUCCCCUGAGCCUCAAUCCCAGAGGGAUCGGCCAAUUUUUCUUCCUGGUGAUGAAGAAUUACCCGUGCACGCUGCGCCAGUAUCUGCAGGAGAACAGCCCAGAUGUUGCUCUCUCCACCAUGAUGAUCCUGCAGCUCCUGGAAGGUGUGGACCACCUCGUUCGACACGGGGUAGCCCACAGGGACCUGAAGUCUGACAACAUCCUGGUGGAAUUUGAUUCUGCUGGCUGCCCCUGGCUCGUGAUCACAGACUUUGGCUGCUGCUUGGCAGAUGAGAAGCUGGGCCUGGAGCUGCCUUUCACCAGCACUUACGUGGACCGGGGUGGCAACGGCUGCCUGAUGGCCCCUGAGGUGAUCACAGCCUCACCAGGCCCUGGCAAGGUGAUCAACUACAGCAAAGCUGAUGCCUGGGCUGUUGGAGCAAUCUCCUAUGAAAUCCUGGGCCUGGCCAACCCUUUCUACGGCCACGGGGACGUGGUGCUGGAGAGCAGGAGUUACCAUGAGGACCAGCUGCCCAACCUGCCCCCUCACGUGCCCCUGGAGGUGAAGCAAGUGAUCAAAAUGCUGCUUCAGAGGGAUCCCAGCAAGAGACUUUCUGCUCGAGUGGCUGCCAACGUGCUUCACCUCAGCCUCUGGGGUGGCAGCAUCCUGGGAUCCAGGAGCCUGAGACCUGACCAGGUGGUGACCUGGCUCCUCUGCCAGGCUGCAGCUGCACUGCUCAUGGAGGGGCUGGUGGAGAAGAGCAGGGUAGAAACCAAAAUGAAGAUGUGCUUUUUGGCCAACCUGGAAUACGAAGCCCUUUGGGCAGCAGUGUUCCUGCUGCUGGCCUGGAGAAGCCACUCUGGGUGA